CAUGAACAUGAAAACCGUGGUUGUGCUGCUCCUCCUGGCCCUGGCCACAAUCUUUGCCCUCGUCUGCGUGCUGCUGACCCGGGCACGGGCCCCCAGCUCCUGCCAGCAGCAGCCCUUGGCACAGGAGGAAGCGGACGACGGCCACAGCCGGGUCUUUGCCGACCUGACAGCCGAGGAGCUGGCCCAGGUGGUGCAGUACCUGCGGGUCAGCCUCGGGGUGCCGCUGGCUGAUGCAGCGCGUGCCAAACCUUCUGACAACUGCAUUGCCUCCGUGGACGUGCAGCUUCCGGCCAAGGCAGAAGUGCUGCGGUUCCUGGAUGCCGGAGGGGCUCCCCCGCCCCGCGAGGCGCUGGCUGUGCUGUACUUUGGGGCCCAGGCAGAGCCCAACGUCACCGAGUACGUGGUGGGCCCACUGCCGGCACCGAAAUACCACCGGGACGUCACGGUGCAGAAGUACGGGGGGAAGGUGCCGUACCACCGCAGAGCUGUCACUGGUGUGGAGUAUGCAGCCAUCAACGAGCUCAUCCAGAAGGAGCUGAGGAAGGCACCACGCUUCCUCGCUGCAUGCUGUGCAUCUGAUGGAACCGACCUGGCCACUAUCACUACUGCACCCCGUGGCCUCAAGUCCGGAGACCGCACCACGUGGUUUGUCCUCUUCCAUGGCGUUGCUGGCAGUGGUUACUUCGUCCUGCCUGUGGGGCUGGAGGUGCUGGUGGAGCAUGGGCCGCUCGAUGUCUCCCAGUGGUACCUGCGCCAGAUAUUCUACAAUGGACGCUACUUCCCCAGCACCGCUGAGCUGGAGAAUGCAUUUGUGACCAAGUCGCUGAAGGUGAUUGUGGUUCAGAAGCCCCAGGAAGACACGGUGCUGGGCUCCAUGAGACCCCUCCGCUCACCUGGUGCUCCGGGGCCACUUCAGUUUGAGCCCCAGGGGCCGCGGUACAGCGUCAGGGACAACCGUGUCACCUACCACGGCUGGAGCAUUGCUUUUGGCAUGAACCCCAACACUGGCCCACGGCUCUUCGACAUCCGUUUCCGCGGGGAAAGAAUAAUCUAUGAGCUGAGCCUGCAGGAAGCCUUAGCUCUGUAUGGCUCCAACUGCCCUGGGGGUAUGUCCACCCGCUACCUCGAUGGCAGUUUUGGCAUCGGCAGAUUUGCCUACGAGCUGGUCAGGGGUGUUGACUGUCCCUACAUGGCCACCUAUGUGGAUCGGCACUACCUGUCCGAGUCAGAUGUCCCCAGAACCAACCAGAAUUCACUCUGCAUUUUUGAGCAUGACACUUCCCUUCCUCUGCGGCGGCACUUCUCUGAUGCACACUCCUUGUACUAUGGAGGGCUGCGGAAGAACAUCCUGGUUAUUCGUGCUGUCUCCACACUCAUUAACUAUGACUACGUCUGGGACUUCAUGUUCUACAGCAAUGGGGCAGUGGAGGUCCGGGUCCAUGCCACCGGCUACAUCAGUUCUUCCUUCCUCCAUGACCAGGGCACUGACUAUGGCAACAGAGUUGGGCCACACACACUGGGGACGAUGCACCUGCACCACAUUCACUACAAGGUAGACCUGGAUAUUGAUGGGCAGCUGAACUCACUGGAGUCCCAUGACAUGGGGUACCAGACAGUGAGCAUCCCCUGGAGCCCAGAGAACACCCUGCAGCAGCCGUUCCUCCGCCGGGAGAGGCUGGAGAGAGAGAAUGAGGCGGCGUUCCCCCUCAAUGCCUCUCUCCCCCGCUACCUCUCCUUCACUGGCCCGAAGCCCAACCGCUGGGGACACCUUCGCAGCUAUCGAGUGCAGGUGGUCAGCUUCCCCGGGGAGCACCUGCCCACCAGCAGCCCCAUGGAGAAAGCCAUCAGUUGGGGCAGGUACAAGCUGGCUGUCACCAGGAGGAAGGAGGAGGAACCCACCAGCACCAGUGUCUACAACCAGAAUGACCCUUGGACACCCACUGUCACUUUUGCUGACUUCAUCAAUGAUGAAACCAUCGCUAACGAGGAUCUGGUCGCGUGGAUUUCUGUGGGGUUCCUUCAUGUUCCUCAUGCUGAGGACAUCCCCAACACAGUGACUGUGGGGAACAGUGUCGGCUUUUUCCUGAGGCCCUACAACUACUUUGACGAGGACCCCUCGCUGUACUCGCCUGACAGCAUCUAUUUCAGCAGCGAGCAGGGGAUAGGGGUGUGUGGAGCCAACCCCCUCGCCUGCCUGCCUGCAGCCACCUGUGCCCCACGCCUGUCACCCUUCCAAUACGGCGGCUUUGUCAACAUCAGUCUGGGCUCCCCAUUUGGUGGGCACUGAUGGGGUCAAAGAGGAGGACAGGUGCUGGCACAGACAGCCAGUGUCCAGCCAUUGGGCUGCAUUCCUGGAGGGCCUCCAGUGGUGGAGGGAGUGCAGCCAGCUGGCUGGGACCUGCCCUGCUCGCUUCCUCCUUCAGGUCACGGAUGUGAGGCUCUAUCCUACCGAGGUAGUCAGGUGCCUCUGUGGUGAUGGAGCUGCCCUUGGAGCUUUGCUGUUUGGUGACUGCUCCUCCAGGUGAUGCUGGGUGCCAGCUGCUGUGGCAGCACUGAGCGCUGGGAACAGUACUGGGGAUAAGGAUGCUGCACAGGAUGAACAUGCUGCACGAUGGCAGCCUGGUGCCCAGCUAGCUCCAAUAAAGAAGCACGUUAGUGCA